UUGCAGCACCAUGACGGCACUGCCUAUGUGCUGUCAUGUUACUUCACCAACUGGGCCCAGUAUAGGCCUGGCCUGGGAAAAUUCAUGCCAGACAACAUCGACCCAAACCUGUGUGACCAUCUGAUCUACGCUUUUGCUGGGAUGUCCAACAAUGAGAUCACAACUUCCGAAUGGAACGACGAGACCCUUUACAAAUCCUUCAAUGGCUUGAAGAACCAGUUCUCCACAAUGGUUUCCACAUCCGAGAACCGCCAGACCUUCAUCAAUUCUGUCAUCAAAUUCCUACGCCAGUAUCAAUUUGAUGGGCUGGACUUUGACUGGGAAUACCCCGGGUCCCGGGGCAGCCCAUCCCAGGACAAGAUGCUAUUUACUGUCCUGGUUAAGGAAAUGCUGGCAGCCUUUGAGCAGGAAGCCAAACAGGUCAACAAGCCCCGUCUCAUGGUCACCGCAGCUGUUGCUGCAGGACUUUCCAACAUUCAGGCUGGCUACGAGAUUUCUGAGCUUGGGAAGUAUUUGGACUACUUCCAUGUGAUGACUUAUGACUUCCAUGGUUCUGGGGAUGGAUACACUGGGGAGAACAGCCCUCUGUAUAGUGACAGUAACAACCUCAGUGUUGAUUAUGCUAUGAAUUAUUGGAAGAACAAUGGUGCUCCAGCUGAGAAGCUCCUUGUUGGAUUCCCAACAUACGGACAUAACUUCAACCUCCAAAACCCUUCUGACACUUUUGUUGGGGCACCAACAUCAGGACCUGGGCCAGCUGGACCUUACACAAAGCAGGCUGGAUUCUUGGCUUACUAUGAGAUCUGCACUUUCCUGGACUCUGGAGCCACCCAGGCUUGGGAUACACCCCAGCAUGUGCCCUAUGCCUACAAGGCCAGCGAAUGGGUUGGCUAUGACAACAUCAAGAGCUUCAACAUCAAGGUCGACUGGCUGAAGAAGAACAAUUUUGGAGGUGCUAUGGUUUGGGCCCUUGAUAUGGAUGACUUCACUGGCACUUUCUGCAAGGAAGGCAAAUAUCCCCUGAUCACCGCCCUGAAGAAUGGUCUUGGUCUGCAAAAUAGUGACUCUGUGCCUUCAGCUCAGACCAGUGCUCCAGUCACUGAAGCUCCCUCUGCUACAGGUGGAAGUGGGCGCGGGGACCCUGGUGGCAACACUAGUGGGAGCAGUUUCUGUGCUAGCAGGGCCAACGGCAUCUAUGCAGAUCCAACCAACAAGAGCAGCUUCUACAACUGCUUUAAUGGUGAAACCUUUGUGCAGAGCUGCCGGAACGGCCUCGUCUUUGAUUCCAGCUGCUCCUGCUGCAACUGGCCAUGA